AUGAUGAAGCACGGUUAUAUUGGUGAAUUCGAAAUUGUGGACGAUCACCGAGCUGGCAAAAUUGUUGUAAAUCUUACGGGCAGAUUGAACAAAUGUGGAGUAAUUUCGCCUCGGUUCGACGUACCAAUUAAUGAUAUUGAGAGGUGGACGAACCUUCUUCCAUCCCGGCAGUUUGGUUACCUUGUUCUUACAACUAGUGGAGGUAUUAUGGAUCAUGAAGAAGCCAGAAGGAAACAUCUUGGAGGGAAAAUAUUAGGUUUCUUUUUC